UAUCUUAUCCGCUAAUUUUGGCGGUACUAAAACCGCUACCCUCCACUCUUUCCCUCGUUUUCUCCCUCCUCACUCGCCAAUUCCAGCCUCUCACUCACUCUCUAGAUUUUUUCAAUAUCAUUUUAGCAGUUUCUUUCAAAUCCUACAAAUACCCAUGUUCUUCUUUGGGCUUUUGUAGAACCAUGGCCGACUUUGAUACUUCUCUGUCUACUCUUUUGUGUCAAGAAGAUGAUGCUUCUUGUUUCAAUCUAAGUGAAGAUGACUAUACUUGUUGUUACGACUCCAACUUUGAGUCUUGUUUUGUUUUAGAGAGUGAAGAGAUUGAAUACAUUGAGAAAAUGGUUGAAAGGGAGAGGAGUUCAGGAUCUAGAACUUAUAUAAUGUCUUCUGGGGAUUGUUUAACCACCAGUUUUAACUGGUUAAAAUGUGCACGAUUGGAUGCCGUUGAAUGGAUUUUCAAUACACGAGCAAUCUUUGGAUUUCGGUUUCACACAGCUUAUCUUUCAGUGAUUUACUUUGACCGGUUUCUUUCAAAAAGAUCCAUUGAUGAUGGGAAAUUGUGGGCUAUUCGAUUACUGUCUCUGGCUUGUUUGUCAUUGGCAGCAAAGAUGGAGGAGUGCAGAGUUCCUCCCUUAUCAGAGUUUCCGGUGGAAGAUUAUUGCUUUGAAAAUAAAGUGAUUCAAAGAAUGGAGUUGCUGGUAUUGAAUACCUUGGAGUGGAAAAUGGGUUCAACCACUCCUUUUUCUUAUCUACAUUACUUCAUCAGUAAAAUCUGUGGUGAAUCCAGACCAAAGGAAACAAUCUCUAGAGCUGUGGAACUUAUUCUGGCACUGAUAAAAGAGAUUAAUUUGUUGGAUUAUCAACCAUCCAUUGUCGCAGCGGCUGCAGUAUUAGCUGCAUCUGAUAAUCAAUUAACAAAACAAGAAUUGGAGCUCAAGAUGAAAGUAAUUUCAUCAUGGGGUUCUCUGGAAAGUGAGAAUAUAUUUUCCUGUUAUAUUGUAAUGCAGGAAAUAGAAAUGGGAAAACUUAAGACACCAAAGCAAUUUCUUUCUCCUAGUACAUCAUCAAUCCAUUCUAGUUCAAUUGCUGUUGUUGAGAAUUCUUGCUUCACUUCCUCUGGAGCUGGCACUAAAAGAAGACUCACAUACAGCGACUGUGAUCAAAAUUGUCCGGUAAAGAAAAUCUGUCGUCAUAAUCAGUGAAUUUGAUACUACUUAAGGGGAAUUGAAUUGGGUUCAUUGGUUGGAAUAUAGGACUAUUUUUUUUUUUUUUUUUGGUUUCUUCUCUAUGAAAACUAAUCAUUUCUAUUUAGGAUGGAUUAUAGGUCUAAUGAGUGCUGUUAUAUGGCAUUUAAUGGAAUGAUUUUUGGAGUUGUUGAUUGGGGUUCCAUUUUCCAAUACCCAACAAAAAAAAGUUUCAGCCAAGUGACAACCCAAGAACAGGAUAGAGAAAAGGGAAAGUAAAUAAAUAAUAAAGGGAUAGCUUUAACCAACAGUAAGAAGUAAAGGAGCUGACUCAAGUCCAAAAGCCACUAAGGUGGAAGAAAGGCCAAAAGAAUGCCAGAAGGCCACUGAAGACUGUUUGUCUAUAGCAUUCUUUGUAUUGUUUGCUUUGAUGGAUAUCCCACUGUUGCUUGCCAACUCUCUCUUUUUUUUUUUUUAAGAUGUUGUAUUUUUUUAUUCUCCUUUUUUUUUCUUUUGUUUUAUUUUUAAUUUUCAAAAUUCUGUGACAAAGAAAGAUGUGUUUAUGUAUACAUCCAUUGCAACCCUAGCUUUUGAAACGGGGGCUUGGGAUGCUUCUUAUGUCUUUCAAAAGGCUGAAAGCCAUGAGGAAUGAAGAAUUGUUUUUGUUUGAUUUGAUACAUCAUGUUGUAUUUGGGCCAUUGAAAAAGUAUAUAAAGGUGAAUGUUAUUAGAUUUGUUUGGAA